CUCGGGCCGCUCCGCCAGGCCCAGGCCGGCCUCUUUGUAAGAUUCGUAGCAAACGCGCCCGGAAGUUCGACCUUCCAGCCAUUAGACGCCACCGCAGUCCCGAGGCGCCCAGUAGGGCAGCAACGGACACCCUCGAAGAGGCGGCACACAAACCGCAGACUCCUCCCCGCCGGGGCCGCCCGCACUUCCGCCGGAAGUCGGUCUGCCCGCCAGCGUCGCGCGCUGACGUCACGGGUGCGACGGGAUUUUUGGGGCGCGCCCUGGAGGCUCGGGUGCGGUGCAGCUGACGGUUGGCUGGUCGCCCUAGGAGCGCAUGCCCCCGUGCCUCCUGUCCCUGCAGCCAGAUCCCGCCUCCUGGAGGAACCAUGUCUCCUGCAGCUCCGGGGGUCACCUGUAGUUCCAGGCUCCUGCCUCGGCGCCAGAGGAGAUGCCGAUGGAAUUCCCUGUGAAUGUUGGCAGGAGGAAUGCCAGAGCUGCCUGCCGGAAAUCAUCCAGACAAGAAAUAUGUAGGCUGAAGACCCCGAGCCACCCGAUAGGAGGUGCCCCAAAGCAGACCGCAGUGGUCUAAGGAGUUUUGAAGGAGAGAGAGCACCCAGGCCCCCUGGGUUGUCCGACUGAAGAGCCCCAGGAUGGACUUCCUGGUUCUCUUCUCGUUCUACUUGGCUUUGUUGCUGAUUGGUGGUGCUCUGCUCUGCAUCUGCUUGAAAACCCGUUACCUGAAAGGCCUGGUCAGAGGAGGCGCACAGAUAUUUUCCUAUAUAGUUCCAGAAUGGUUUCAGAGAGCCAUGCUGAGAUUGCUUCAUUACCUCUUUCAUACACGAAACCACACCUUCAUCAUCCUGCACCUCCUCUUGCAAGGAAUGGUUUAUACUGAAUACACCUGGGAAAUACUUGGCUACUGUCAAGAGCUGGACUUCUCCUUGUGUUACCUUCUUCUGCCCUAUCUGCUGCUGGUUGUAAACCUGAUUUUUUUCACCCUGAGUUGUGUAACUGACCCUGGCACCAUCACAAAAGCAAACGAAUCAUUGUUUCUCCAAGUUUAUGAAUUCGACGAGGUGAUGUUCCCGAAGAACGGGCGGUGCUCUACUUGUGAUCUAAGGAAGCCCGCACGGUCCAAGCACUGCAGUGUGUGUAACCGCUGUGUGCACCGUUUCGACCAUCACUGUGUGUGGGUGAACAACUGCAUUGGGGCCUGGAACGCCAGGUACUUCCUUACCUACCUCCUGACACUGACGGCGUCGGCUGCCACCAUGGCCAUCGUGACCACUGUGUUUCUGGUCCGGUUGGUGGUGUUGUCGGACUUGCACCUGGAGACUUAUGUUGAUGACCUUGGACAGUCCCAGGUUAUUGACACCGUCUUUCUUAUUCAGUACCUGUUCCUGACCUUCCCAAGGAUCGUCUUCUUGCUGGGCUUUGUCUUGGUGCUGAGCUUCCUCCUGGGCGGCUUCCUGUGCUUUGCUCUGUACCUGGCCGCCACCAACCAGACUACGAACGAAUGGUGCAGAGGUGACCGGGCCUGGUGCCAGCAUUGCCCCCAAGGCGCCGGGGCCCCCUCCGUAGAGCCCCGUGUCCACCGGAACAUCCACUCCCACGGGCUUUGGAGCAACCUCCGAGAGAUCUUUCUACCUGCUGCUGCACAUUAUGAGAGAAAGAAGAAAUGAGAAUGGAAGAGUGUUACUGCCUUUUAAAUACAGUUCAUUUUAAAUAUAGUUCGUUUAUUUAUGCAUAUAGA